AUGGGCUACGACCAAGCAGGCGUUACUCGCUCCGUCAACGCAAUCCAAAACGAGCUACAAUACCUUGCUUCACAAGGGGUACUCGCACCUCCGCAGCAACAAUCGAUCCAAGCUCAGCUGCCUCGACCCGAUGGCCAGGCAGCGCAGUAUAUCGACCCCCGCUACGUCAAUGGCAACCAGCAAUUCAACCCAGCUUUGAUCGCGCAGCAGGCGCAGGAUCCGAGUAACCCUGCGCAUCCACAGAACCCUAAGCAUCAUGAAUGGGCAUCGAAGCUCGCUCACAAGUUUGGCAAUGCGGCGGUGUAUGGCGCGGGAGCGACGUUUGGUGCUGACCUUGUCAAUGAUGUUAUGAGGAAAUUUUAA